AUGCCGUUCCAACUAGCUCCCCCACAAAUCGGAGUUGUCCAUGCCUAUGGCUACAACAGAACAGCGUUUGAGUUCACCUCCACACCCCACGACCAAGCACCCAACGUUCUACUCUUCGUGGCUGGUCUUACCAAUGGUAUCCUCGACGUGCCCUAUCUACCUCAACUAGCCGAGAAAAUAGCCAAACUCAACACCAAGGAUGGAAAAUGGGUGCUCUUCCAAAUCAUCAUAACUUCGUCUUAUAAUGGAUGGGCUACCUCGUCGUUGAAAAACGAUACCAGAGACAUAGCCAAGUUCAUUUCCUACUUGAGAUCCCUGCCAGGAGGCUCCAGAAAGAAAGUAGUGCUCAUGGGCCACUCUACAGGCUGCCAGGAUACGAUUGAAUAUAUCUCGAAAACACAAUACAAACCCAACUUCGCUGCUCUGUCUAAAAUCGAUGCCGGUAUCUUACAAGCUCCAAUUUCAGACCUGGAAGCCUUGCGAUUGAACUCAGGACUUUCUGAGGACAGCUUUGAGGAGUUGCUCAAUGUAGUUCAAGAGGAGUAUCUCGAUAAAGGCAAAUCUAGCCAUAUAUUACCUGACAACUACACUAAAAUCGUUUUCAACACUCCCAUAUCUGCCUAUAGGUUCUAUUCGUUGGCCAGCAAGAGAGGAGACGACGAUUAUUUCUCGUCGUACUUGACUCGGCAGGAUUUCAAGGAAUCCUUCGGUAAAGUAAAUGUGCCAUUACUCACUCUCUACGGAUCCAAGGACCAGUUUGUUCCUGACUUUGUAGACAAGGAGAAACUUAUUGAGGAGUGGAAACAAGCAACCGACCCUGAGUACUGGAGCCCACUAAGCAAAAUUCUUAAAGGUGCUACUCAUGAUGUUGGAGAAGGCUCUGAUGAGGAUGCAGUGGAAGAUCUACUAGACACAGUGUAUAAGUUCAUUGAAUCAUUAUAG